AAAAACCUAUAGGGGUGUGAGUGAAAAAGAAAUAGUGAUUUAAAUGAGAAUUAAAACAAAAAUAUGAAAUCCAGUUAGUAUUUUUUUCAUUUCCAAAAAGAAAAAAACAAAAAAUACAGAAUAAAAAGAAAAAGAAUUUUAGUGUUUUUUUUUUUGGCAAAAAUAAAUUCAACUAAUGGAUGGAUACUGUCGAAAAUCAUUUGAAAUCGUGUUGAGAAAACAACAAUAGUAAUUAUUAAAAUUGCUUAAAUUAAAUACAAAAUUGUAUUUUAUUUCUUUCUACAUAUUUUGCACAAAAUAAUAGUUUACGAUGGCAACAUCACCACGUUCGGUGGACACCAUAUCUCUGUGUUCCACCGUCUCUAGUUGUCCCGAUCGUAAUGGCUUUUAUGGUGGUUUUCAACGUACCGACAAACCAAAAGAACCCUUAUCAAAAGCACAAAUUAUAGCUAGAGAAAAGAAAUGGUUAUAUAUGAUAGAUAAUUGGUCUCUAUACAUGUCCAAGAAUUAUAAAAAGAUUCGUGAUCGUUGCCGCAAAGGUAUACCAAAAUCAAUCAGACCUCGCGCUUGGUUCUUUUUAUCUGGUGCCUAUUUGCUUAAAAAGAAAAAUCCCAAUUUAUACAAAGAGCUUUUAGAGAAACCGGGAAAUCCACAUGUCAUUGAAGAGAUCAAAAAAGAUAAACAUCGUCAGUUUCCGUUUCAUGAAAUGUUUUUGGAUGAGGAUAAAGUUGGCCAAAUUGAAUUGUUUAAUGUCCUGAAAGCCUAUUCGAUAUAUAAUCCAAAAGUGGGAUUUUGUCAGGCUCAAGCACCAAUAGCAGCUUUCCUCUUAAUGCAUUUACCAGCUGAAGAUGCAUUUUGGGUUUUUGUUAGCGUAUGUGAUGUCUACUUGGAAGACUAUUUCAUAAGCGGCCUAGAAGUUCUACAAAACGAUGCUGGUAUCUUAGAAGGCCUUCUAAAGAAAACCUGUCCACCUGUCUUUCGACACUUACAAAAGCACAAAGUAGAACCUUUACUCUAUAUGACCGAUUGGUUUCUAUGUGCCAUGACCCGGACAUUACCCUGGGAAACAUUACUACGAGUUUGGGAUUGUUUUCUAGCCGAGGGUAUACGUGUCAUUUUCAAGGUAGCUUUAGUUAUACUGGGAGCCUCUCUCAAUAGUCACAAAAUACGCAAACAAUGUAAUGGCCUUUGUGAAACACUAGAAGUGUUAAGGAAUCCUCCCGACAAUGUACUCGAUGAGGAUUUUAUUAUUAAUCAUAUGCAACGUUUGAAUUUACGCGUCGAAGACUUUCAAAUCGAACAUACACGUCAAAAGACACGACGAGCCAAACAGAAGGCUUUACAGGAGGCAGCAGCGGCACAACAUUCAAAUACUAGCACAUUUACACGCAGCCGCACAACUAGUCCAACCAAUAUGUCAACCACAAAUAUAUCGACGACGGCUACGACAACAACUACAGCACAAACAGCCAGUGGUAAUGUAACGGUUGUAAAUAUAUCAAGUGAUCAUUCGUAUGCCUCCUCAAAUGGUGGCACAAGUGCUGUAGGUGCCACUAGUAAUGGUGGUGGUGCUGAGGGUGGUAUUAGUUGUAGCAGUGCUAAUGGUAUUGUUAGUAUUUCUACAAAUAAUCAUCAUUGAUAAUUUUUAUAUAUAAAUAAUAUUUUUUAGUUACGAUACGAAUAUUUAAGUUAUGCACACCUCCCUCUGGUAAAACGCUGAGCGUUUAAAAUUUAUUCCGUUUAAUGUUUUAAAUUAAUAAUUGUUUUAGUUUUUUUUCCUUUCUUUCUUUUCUUUUCUCUUUGUUUAAAAUAUUAUAGUUGAAAAUAAAACCAUGUUUGUCUAUAAAUAUAUUUUGAGAUUUGAAUAUGAGAUUUAAAACCCUCUCUAUCUGUUGCUUAAGGAAUUUUUAUGGUUUUAUUGAUUUUGGCCAAGUUUAGUUACAUUUAACUAAACAUCUUUGUACAUUGAAUUAUUAUUUUUUAUUUAAACUUUAUCUUAUAUAAAUAUGUAUUUAACUAUACUCCUUCUUCCCUACUAAAUAAUUAUAAAUAAAUAAAUAAAUAAUUGAAGUAACAACAACAAUCAAGCACUUUUAGUAUAGAAAUUUAACAAUUUACUCUUUUUGUAUAUAAAUCGAAUAUUUUUUUUAAAGCAAACGAUAUAUAAACAUCUAUUAACAGAAACCUUGCAAACAAGUGCACAACU